CUGGGGAGCAAAUUGCAAUCAAACAGUGUCGUCAGGAGUUGAGCCCACGCAACAGAGAAAGAUGGUGUUUGGAAAUACAGAUCAUGAAACGUCUAAAUCACCCCAACGUGGUGGCUGCCCGGGAUGUUCCGGAAGGGAUGCAAAAUAUCGCACCCAAUGACUUGCCAUUGCUGGCUAUGGAAUAUUGCCAGGGAGGAGAUCUUCGAAGGCAUCUGAACCAGUUUGAGAAUUGCUGUGGCCUACGUGAGAGAGAGAUUCUUAUUUUAUUGUCAGAUAUUGCUUCAGCCCUCCGUUACCUUCAUGAGAACAGGAUCAUUCACAGAGACCUGAAGCCAGAGAACAUCGUCUUGCAACAAGGUGAAGAGAGGUUAAUACACAAGAUCAUUGACUUGGGGUAUGCCAAAGAACUGGACCAAGGCAGUCUUUGCACAUCCUUUGUUGGGACUUUGCAAUAUCUGGCUCCAGAGCUGCUGGAACAACAGAAAUACACCGUGACGGUGGAUUACUGGAGCUUUGGUACACUGGCCUUUGAGUGCAUAACUGGUUUCCGACCCUUCCUUCCCAACUGGCAACCAGUACAGUGGCAUGCAAAAGUCCGACAGAAGAGUGAGCUGGAUAUUGUUGUUUAUGAAGAUUUGUCUGGAGAAGUGAAAUUUUCUAGCAAAUUGCCAUAUCCUAAUAAUCUAAAUAGUGUUUUGGCUGAUAGACUGGAGAAAUGGCUACAGCUGAUGCUUAAAUGGCACCCACGGCAGAGAGGCACUCAUCCUACCUAUGGCACCAAUGGCUGUUUCAAGUCUUUGGAUGAUAUCUUGAAUGUAAAGCUGGUUCAUAUCUUAAACAUGGUAACAGGUUCAAUGCACGUGUAUCCUCUAACAGAGGGAGAGACUUUACAGACCAUAAAGGCUAAGAUCCAGGCAGACACUGGCAUUCCAGAGCAGGACCAAGAGUUGUUACAAGAAGGAGGAUUAGUGUUAUUUCCAGAGAAGCUUGAUGUUCAGUACCUUGCUGAUAUAAAGCUUAAUGAUGCCACAGCUGCUGAUACUGGCCUUUUGUUCCUGUUUGACGACCGAAAAGUAGCCUAUGAGUCUCAGAUCUCUCCGCGGCCCCAUCCAGAAAGCAUAAACUGCAUUCUUCAGGAUCCCAAAAGGAACCUCGCCUUCUUCCAGUUGCGCAAAGUGUGGGGUCAGGUCUGGCAUGCAAUCCGAAGUCUGAAUGAGGACUUUAAUCAGCUUCAGAAAGGUCAAAGAGCAGCAAUGCGGAACCUGCUGCGUCACAACAGCACUCUUUCCAAGAUGAAGAAUACUAUGGCCUCUCUGUCCCAGCAGCUGAAAGCAAAGUUGGACUUCUUCAAAACUAGCAUCCAGAUUGACUUGGAGAAAUACAAUGAACAAAUUGAAUUUGGGAUCACUUCUGAGAAACUAUUACUUGCUUGGAAGGAGAUGGAGCAAGCUGUCGAGCUCCGUGGAAGAGAGGAGGAAGUGGAGCAGCUGGUGAAGAAGACAAUGGCCCUGCAGACAGAUAUUGUGGAACUACAGAGAAUCCCACAGGGCCGGAAACAAGGGAGCUCCUUGGAUGAUCUGGAGGACCAGGCAAGGGAUUUGUAUCGGAAACUGAGGGAAAAACCAAGAGAUCAAAGGACUAGUGGGGACAGCCAAGAAGUAGUUCGGUUGCUCCUACAGGCAAUCCAGACAUUUGAAAAGAAGGUCCGCCUCCUUUAUGUUCAGCUCAGUAAUACAGUGGUCUGCAAGCAGAAGGCACUGGAAUUGUUUCCUAAGGUGGAUGAGGUGAUGACUCUGAUGCACGAAGAUGAGAAAACAGUUGUCUGGCUUCAGGAGAAACGACAGAAAGAGCUCUGGAACCUCCUGAAAAUUGCAUGUAGCAAAGUCCGUGGGCCAGUCACCGGAAGCCCGGAUAGUAUAAACAUAUCGCGUCCUAAUAACCCCGGUCAGCUGCCACUCCAGGUUACAACCCCACACAAUAAUUUGGAUUCUGGGAUUAAAAGUGAGGAUCUACUGAUGGAAUCUCAUAGCCUCUGCAAUCAGCUGGAGAAUGUCAUGCUGGAUACAAUGAAGGAUCAAGAGCAUAGCUUUAUGACUUUGGACUGGAGUUGGCUGAAACUUCCAGCAGAAGAAAGAAAAAGCCUAGAACAGACUCAGAUGUGAACAUGAUUUUAAUUUAAUCACAUAAAAAUUGUGGAUGAUUUGACCUUACUGUAACUGUUCUUGGUGAGAAAUCUAUACUUGCAGCCUACUGGGCGACCCUAAGUGAUGUAUUUGAUUCUUACUCAACUGUAUAUAAACUAUAUUUUUCUGUAUGACUUUAGUUUAAAUUGAUACUUCGGGUAAAAGCUGUCUAACCUAGGCCCUUGAUGGUGGUGCCUGUUUCCGUAUUACUGCUUAAUUGCAGACACUGAAGAUAGGUUAACACAUGUUUUGCUACCCUGAUGUACAUGAGGAAGAUUCUCUGCUUCCAGCAAGGAAAGAAGUUAGAGUGCUCUUAAUAUGAGACUUCCACCUACGAUACAAUUCCCUGUUAAUGUGGCUGUAAAUAUAUUUGUGGGACAGAAGCUGCAUUGGUUUCCACGUGAGCUAGGAACUUUAUAAUGUAUGGAUGGGGGUCAACACAUGCAUCGGUAUGCACUCAGGCUUCCCUCCUGAAGUCAUUCAAAUGUUUGAGUGACGUUUGCAGGGACUGUGUGGAAGACGCUAGGCAUCUAGUUUUACAGCUUCCUCAGUGGAACUUUGCUGUCAACACUGUUUUGAGAUAGGUAGAAAUUUCCUCAAAGAAAUAAAUGAUAUUGAAGCCUUA